UCUGGCUUCUGGCUUCUGGCUUCGGCCACCCUUUAAAAGUCUCCUAAAGACUAACGUCCCUUCCAACAAACAACCACCUGUUCCUCCACUUGGCUUUCAUCGCCUCUCGGCGGACUUUCCUACACCACCUUCUUCUUCUUAAAUCCAUUAAUAAAAAAAGACCAGACUUUCCUCUUCACUCCUCUCUUUGCACAUAUCCCACUUCCCUCAAACACACACAAAAAGAAAUUAUACAGUAAAAAUGGCUGCUUUGACCACUGCACAAUCAGCCAACCUCCUCAACAAACCUUUCUUUUCUUCAAGGCCCCAAUCUUUCUCUUCUCCAACCCCCACUUCACUUUCCCUUCCAUUCAAAUCCCGUUCUUUUGUUGUUCGUAACUCUGUCGCUGUAGCACCAUCCUCUGCCACCAAGAUUGCCAAAGAGUGCAAAGUGAAGUCUGUCAAAGCUAGACAGAUCAUUGACAGCCGAGGGAAUCCAACAGUUGAGGUUGAUCUUGUUACUGAUGAUCUUUACCGAUCUGCUGUACCCAGUGGUGCCUCUACUGGGAUCUACGAAGCUUUGGAGCUUAGAGAUGGAGAUAAGAGUGUUUAUGGUGGCAAAGGUGUACUUCAGGCUGUUAAAAAUAUUAAUGAUAUUUUGGGUCCUAAGUUGAUCGGUGUUGAUGUCAGAAACCAAGAUGAUGUGGAUGCAAUUAUGUUGGAUAUUGAUGGAACUCCUAACAAGUCAAAGUUAGGUGCUAAUGCAAUUCUUGGGGUGUCCCUGAGCAUAUGCCGGGCAGGUGCUGGAGCCAAAGGAAUGCCCUUGUACAAACACAUUCAGGAAUUGUCAGGAACAAAGGAGCUUGUAAUGCCAGUUCCAGCUUUUAAUGUGAUAAAUGGAGGCAGUCAUGCUGGAAACAAUUUAGCUAUGCAAGAAUUUAUGAUCCUGCCAGUAGGUGCAACUUCAUUCGCUGAGGCCCUCCGCAUGGGUAGUGAAGUUUAUCAUACACUUAAGGGAAUUAUCAUGUCAAAGUAUGGACAAGAUGCUUGCAAUGUUGGAGAUGAAGGGGGUUUUGCUCCUAAUGUUCAGGAUAAUAGGGAGGGCCUAGUUUUGCUUAUGGAUGCAAUUGAAAAGGCUGGCUACACAGGGAAGAUCAAAAUUGGAAUGGAUGUUGCUGCUUCAGAGUUUCUCACAAAGGAUGGAAAAUAUGAUCUGAACUUUAAGAAACAGCCAAAUGAUGGUGCUCAUGUGCUCUCAGCUCAGAGCCUUGGCGAGCUCUACAGGGAAUUUGUUAGGGAUUUUCCUAUUGUGUCCAUUGAAGAUCCUUUUGACCAGGAUGAUUGGAGCUCCUGGGCUUCACUACAGUCUUCAGUUGAUAUCCAACUUGUUGGGGAUGACUUGUUGGUCACAAAUCCAAAGAGAAUAGCUGAAGCAAUUCAGAAAAAGGCUUGCAAUGGUCUACUUCUCAAGGUUAACCAGAUAGGCACAGUCACCGAGUCUGUUAGAGCAGCACUUGACUCGAAGGCUGCAGGUUGGGGUGUGAUGGUUAGCCACCGAAGUGGUGAAACUGAGGACAACUUUAUUGCUGAUCUUUCUGUUGGCUUGGCUAGCGGACAGAUCAAGACUGGGGCUCCUUGCAGAAGUGAGCGAUUGGCCAAGUAUAAUCAGCUUCUGCGUAUUGAAGAGGAGCUUGGAAAUGUGCGUUUUGCUGGUCAGGCCUUCAGAACACCUUAGGAGAAGGAAACUUAAGUCUCUUGGCAGUAUAGAGUAGCAGAUGAAUUCAGCAUCUUGGGGGGUUGCUUCCAGAACCACAAUUCCACUAGACCUUGGAAAUCUUGAGAAAAAAGUUUUGGCGGAAAUCAUUAAAAUCAAAAUACAUUACAGUUUUCUAAUUAAUUAUGCAUUAGAAACCAGGUCAUCUUAGUCAGGGAAAACACAAGUGUGCCUCCGGAAUAAGGAAGUUUUACUUUAAAAAGUACCCGUUGGAUUAUAAGAGAACUCGGUUGAGUGCGAGUCUCUGUGUUCCAGAUCUGUACCACUUUCUUUGUAAUUUCAUGUGCCCUUUAAUGAGAAUGCUUUGUCAAACUUAAUUUGUUUAA